AUGUAUGAAGUCUUUGCAUUCGUGAUCCUCUGCAUUUCACUGGUGUCAGCAUCAUGCCCUAAAGACUGCCGGUGCCCCUCUGAAUUGCCCAGAUGUGCAGCAGGAAUUAGUCUCAUGCUCGAUGACUGCGGGUGCUGUAAAGUUUGUGCACGGCAGCUCUUUGAAGACUGCAGCAAGACAGAGCCAUGUGACCGCACAAAGGGACUGGAGUGCAACUUUGGAGGUGGAUAUGGUUCUGCGAGGGGAAUCUGUCGAGCUAAAUCUGAUGGAAGAACAUGUGAGUACAACAACAAGAUUUACCAGAAUGGGGAAACCUUCCAACCAAAUUGCAAGCACCAGUGCACUUGCUUGGACGGUGCUGUUGGGUGUGUGUCCCUGUGCCCACAUGAACUCCCACUGCCCAACAUGGGCUGUGCCAAGCCAAGGCUGGUCAAAGUACCGGGGCGAUGCUGUGAACAACUCAUUUGCCCAGAAGAAGGAAAGACGGAGAGUUCUGUGGUGAAGAAACACAGCAAAAAGCACCACAAAGACAGACCAUCUGAACAUGACCUCACCAUGGAGAAUGAGCCGGCCCCUUUUUGGAGAGGAGAAAUGAAAUCUUUACCUGCUUUCAGGAGUCUCCCAAUGGGGCGCAUGUUGGCCAGUGGAGUCAAGUGUGUGUCUCAUACCACAGCUUGGUCUCCCUGCUCCAAAUCCUGCGGUACUGGAGUGUCCACGAGAGAGACCAACAGCAACAGCCAAUGCAAACUAGUGAAAGAGACUCGAAUCUGUGAAAUCCGACCGUGCAACCAAAUAAUGAAGAAUGGUAAGAAAUGUAACCACAUAGAGAAAGCAAGCCGUCCAGUUAGACUGUCCCAUGCAGGCUGCCGUAGCCUGAAAAAGUUCCAGCCCAGGUACUGCGGGUCCUGUUCAGACGGGCAGUGCUGCAGGCCUCACCACACCCAGACGUUACCUGUCCGCUUCCGAUGCAAAAAUGGAGAGACCCUCAGCAGGAUGGUGAUGAUGAUCCAGUCCUGCAAGUGUAACCUCGACUGCUCAGGCCGCAAUGAAAAGCCGCACGCUCUUGCAAGACUUUUCAAUGAUAUCCACAAAUUGAAAAUGUAA